GUGGAGUUUGAAUAAAGCUUCUUUCUGCUCUUCUACUCAGGCAGGAGUGAGAGACCCUCGGAGUUGCUGGCCCGGGAGCUUUGGAGCAUCAACGGUAACCAUGACGCCCCUACUUCUGCUGUGUGUGUCCUUGCCCCUCAUCUCGGCAGUAUUGUUUGAGCCUGAAAACCAAGACGAAUUGGAUGGCACAUUGCGUGUCAGCAUCCCCGUGGAGAUGCCUCUCCGUCCUCUGCUGGGCAGCAAGGUGGUGGUGCCCUGUUAUUUCCAGGAAAACACUGUCAAUGACCCCGGAGCCCCGACCGUCGCCCCACUCUCCCACCGCAUCAAAUGGACCUAUGUAACCAAGGAGAGAGUCACCACCAUCCUGGUGGCGUCUAGGGGGAAAAUUAAAGUGGAAGCGGAGUAUUUGGACAGAGUGACGAUGAUCAACUACCCGCUUGUGUCCACUGACGCCACCCUGGAGAUAACAGAGCUGAGGUCCAAAGAUUCUGGCAUCUACCGCUGUGAGGUGAUGCACGGCAUUGAGGACAGCUAUGACUCUGUGCACAUCGAAGUUCAGGGCAUCGUGUUCCACUACCGAGCCAUCUCGACCCGCUACACCCUGACGUUUGAGAAGGCGAAGGCAGCCUGCAUCCAGAACAGUGCGACCAUCGCCACCCCGGCCCAGUUGCAAGCCGCCUACGACGACGGAUAUCACCAGUGCGAUGCUGGAUGGCUUUCUGAUCAGACUGUCAGGUACCCCAUUCACGAGCCACGGGAGCGUUGCUUCGGAGACAAGGAGGACUUCCCCGGCGUGAGAACUUACGGUGUGAGGGAUGUCAACGAGACCUACGAUGUGUACUGUUUUGCUGAGAAGCUGUCAGGCAGGGUCUUCUACUCCAUGUCAGUAGAGAAGUUUAGCUUCUAUGAAGCAGUAGAUCAGUGUGCCAAACUCGGUGCCCGUCUCGCUACCACCGGGGAGCUUUACCUGGCCUGGAAGGCCGGCAUGGACGUGUGUAACGCUGGCUGGCUGGCGGACAGGAGCGUACGCUACCCCAUCAACAUUGCCAGGCCUCAGUGUGGAGGGGGGCUCCUGGGAGUGAGAACCGUCUACCUGUUCCCCAACCAGACGGGAUACCCCAACCCUGACUCUCGCUACGAGGCUGUCUGCUUCGGAGAUGGCGAGGUCACCGUGGAUGAGAGCACCACGCCUUUCCCAGACAUCAUCCGCAUGACACCUGAACCGCGGAAGUACCCGGGCGUCACCCUGUCACCUGGGAGAGAGGAAUUCAAGCAUGGAGAAAUUGACACCUUCACCCCAGUGCCCAUCCCUCCCAGUGUGACAGACCAAGAUGCUGCCAUGGCUCCCACAGGUGUGGUGUUCCACUAUCGAUCCAUCACCGGUCGGUACACUCUGACGUUCAUGGAGGCUCAGCAGGCCUGCCAGAGCAUCGGAGCGGUCAUCGCCAGCUCCCUGCAGCUGCAGGCGGCCUUCGAGAAAGGCCUUCACCAAUGUGAUGCUGGCUGGCUGGGCGACCAGACCGUGAGGUAUCCCAUCGUGUCACCUAGAGAUAACUGUGCAGGUAAUCUGCCCCACCUCCCAGGAGUCCGAUCCUACGGAGUGAGACCAGCCAGCGAACGUUACGAUGUGUUUUGUUAUGUGGAACGUCUGCGAGGUGAGGUCUUUUUCACCAGUGACUAUGACAGCUUCUCCUACGAGGAAGCUGUGCAGCACUGUCAGAAACUCAACACCACCCUGGCCACCACCGGGCAGCUCUUCGCGGCCUGGAACCAGGGGCUUGACAAGUGCCGUCCGGGCUGGUUGAUGGACCGCAGCGUCCGCUACCCAAUCACAACCCCCAGGUCCCACUGUGGAGGCGGUCAGGUUGGGGUCCACAUCAUUUACACCUACCCCAACCAGACAGGGUUUCCUGAUGAGCACUCACGCUACGACGCCUACUGUUUCAAAGCUGAAGUUCCAGUUGUUCAAUUUGCGAAUGAAACUGGUGUGAAUCUGACAAUCGUGACAGUGGAUUUCAUUAACAAGACAAAAGUCACAGUUGAUUACUUUGCUCCAACGGUGGAAACUACUGGACAUGACAGUGAAAAUGUAAAUAUUACUAAUAUUGACAACGGGACAAUCAUCAAACCUCAGGAAGCUGUGCAAAUUGUGGCAUACCGUUUACCUCCGGUCCCUGUUGAAGUGUCCUGCUCCGGUUCAGCUGAUGACUCAGCCAGCGGGGAGGGCUCUGGUGAGUCCAGCACCUCUGGUACCAGUGGUGACGCCUCCGGGUCGGGACAAACCAUCGUCUUCAGCGGAAGCACUGAUGUCUUCUCCGGGGAUCAGUCUGCCUCUGGAGGCCCACAAGAGGCGGAAGGAGGAAGCGCUUUCCUCAUCACAUCUGGAGAACUGGGUAGUGCAUCCGGAUCCGGGGAGGGGGUCGACACCCAACACUCCGGCUUCAGUGUAUCCGGAUCAGGUUUUAUCAGCGGAAGUGGGGACAUCAGUGGCAGUGGCGGAGACUCUGUGAUCAUCAUGGUGCAUAGGAAGAUGAACAAGGUGUCGAAAACUCACCAAAAACUCACUGAGCAGGAGUUAGGCCAGGGAGGCGUUGAUAGCAGCGGGUCUUUCUCGGAAUCAAGUACCUCGGGAUCUGGAGGUAUAUCCGCAUCGGGCUCUGGCGAAUAUUCUGGCAUCUUAUUUGUCGACCACAGGGCCGUUGACCUGACAGGAGAGCCGUCUGGGGAACAGGAGGUGUCUGGAUAUCGGCCUUCUGGAUCCGGGUUCCACAGCGGCUUUCCAAGUGGUUAUCCAUCUGGUUUUCCAUCCGGGGUCUCGGGCUCUGCCUCUGGAGACUUUAUUCUGCACAGUGGUGACGAUGUCAACUUCCUAACAUACAAUGAGAUGUUGGCGGUGACCCUACCGCCAUCGGUGCGCGUCCCCGAGCAGGGCCGUGGAGUGGUGGAGGUCAGCGGUGAAGGAAGCGGUUCGGGGGUCCACCAUGAGUUCAGUGGCGCUUUGGAACAAAGCUUGCUUUUCUCGGGAAGCGGAGCCCACGAUGAAAAACCAACCGCCGAGAGUCUUUCUGUCACCUUACCGCCUGGAUCGCUGAUGACUCACACCGAGGUCAUUGCCAAUCUCGGCCAACCAGGCCUCGGGGAGGAGAGUCAGGAAAGCCUUGCAGGACCUACUCUGUAUGUAGUGACUCCAGACGCAGCUUACACCAGCCCAACCACAGCACCGUCAGUUUCAUUUGUGACCCCCGCUGUAGUGGAGCAGCCUGAAGUGGUGGAUGCUGUGCAGCGCUGUGCUGAGGGCUGGUUGGAGUUCAUGGGCAGCUGUUACCUCGACUUCGCCGGGCGAGCUACCUGGUCUGAGGCUGAACAACUCUGUCAGGAGGUCAAUGCCCAUCUGGUUAGCAUCGGCUCCCAGGAGGAGCAACAGUUCAUCAACUCUAAUGGCCGAGACUUCCAAUGGAUUGGACUCAAUGACAAAGACGUGCAGAACGAGUUCCAAUGGACAGACGGCAGCCCUCUGACAUUUGAGAUCUGGAGGCCCAACCAGCCAGAUAACUACUCCGAGGGGGACUGCGUGGUGAUGGUCGGGCACGAGGGCGGACAGUGGAGCGAUAUGCCCUGCGACAAACACCUUUCCUUCACCUGCAAGACCGGACCAGUCACCUGUGGGGCUCCCCCUGACGUGGAACACGGCCGGCCGAUGGGCAGCGGCCGAGAGCACUACCCGGUCGACUCCAUAGUCCGCUACCAGUGUGACGCAGGCUACACGCAGCGCCACCUGCCAGUCGUACGCUGCAUGCCAGGUGGAAUGUGGGAGGAGCCACAAGUGGAAUGUACAGAAGCCGGAACCAGCAGCAACAGGCUACACAAAAGAUCCCUAUGGAGAAGAAGUAAAGGGGUCGGCAGCCAACAGCGACAGAGGAAGCUGCACUGAGCAGCAAUGAAAAGGACAUAGAACAGAGAGCCACAAAGGUCCCCCUCUUGGAAAGAAGCAUGGACACCAAUGCAAAUGCCGGACCAAAAAGAUAAUAGUCCCCACCAUGUAUUUACACACACACACACACACACACACACACAUACACAAACUAAAACACAUUUAUACAGUGAUAGUGUACUUGACUGAUGAUUUGGAUCUUUGAGCGUCACCCCGCACCUUCUGAAGGUAGUUUUUUCUGUGUAUUUGUACUGUCUAAUUUAUAGCUGUGAUCUAGUAUUGGGAAGCAUUAUCUCAUUGCACAUGUUUCUGGUUGCCAGCACUGCAUACAAAGUAGAUGAAAUAGUCAGAGGCUUUAGAGGGACACACACACACACCGUCCAAAUCAGCCCAAAUAAGUGUUUUCGAUUGCAGCUGGAUUCUCUGAAGUCAAACACAUUGUCACACAAACUUUUGAUAUAUUUUUAGGGUAUUUUUAUAGAUUUCUGUUUCAGUAGUCUUCAUAACUUUUAUUCGGUCUCUAAAGACUUUAAUUGUGUGUCAGCCUGGCGAGACGAAAACUGUUAAGCUUAAGUUGUAGACAAAGACAGUGAUUCUCAAACGCAGUGACCCUUUAAAAGGCAGCGAUGAGCCCCUCUUAACCUGCAACACGGUCAGGUUAGAAGAGGGGAAAAUACCUGCCAAUACGUUAGGGAAAGUUAUCUGCAUCAUUCAGAACCCCAAAUAAUCAGCCCACAACCAGCUGCAUCUCACAAACCGAAAAAAGAUUGUGCUGUUCCAAUCAAUGACGAAAAUAGAAAUCCAAGUUCAAGAUGUGAAUAAAAUCGCUGCAACAGACCUGGAUUGAAAUAAUCAGCACUCGCGCACUUUUGGGAGUCUUCAGUCAAUUCUGUGCUAAUCAUUUGAAUCCGGAGCACUUUAAAACAUUAAAGAAUUACCAGACCUCACCUGCAGCUGACACAUGGCAAAGAAACCGUGCUGAGAAGUGAGAUGUACGGUGUGACGCUGAGGCCGGGACCUGGUCACAAAAAGAAGCGCGCCCAGUUCUGCAGGUUGGAGUUUGUGACUUUUAAAGAGCAAUCGACGAAUCCUGUCGGCGAGAAUCACGUUGUUGUGACUUGAGACAUUGCACACUUUUAGAGAAUAGAAGCAGUAGAAAUUAUUAUAAGCAUGACGAGAAGGUAGUGGAUGUGGAAGUUACGAAAUGUCGACCAUGACCUUUUAAAAGGUCAAGAUUUGCUUUUUAACACUGAGAGAAAAUACUUGUGCCUGUUCUCACAGAACAACUUACUAACACCAAAACAGCUACCACACACACACAGACACACACACAGUCCAACUGGUACUCUCAUAGUCACGCUGCAGAAUAUGAAAGUGAGGAGUGAGGAUGAUGACGCCACAUAGUGAAACACCUAGAGGUUUAUACAUUUUGUGCACGUACAAGAAAUGAACUAAAUCUACGUGGAUGCUCCUGAUGUGUACUGCAAUUAUUUUACUAUUACAGGACAACUUUGUUCAGACCCCCAAUCCUCAUGUGACCUCGCAGCGUGCUGUACCAAAUAAAACCUGGAAUCAUCUGUC